GCGCAAGCUCGAGGUUAAAAGCAUUUUGCUGAUCGAUAAAUGUGAAAACCACUACCGUAGAACGUGGUCGUGGAUUGUAUUGUGCGCAUUCUAGGCGCCGUUGGUAGCGCACGACGAAGACGACGACGACGACGACGACGACAACGACGAAGACUACGACGAAGACGACGACGAAAACGACGAAGAAGACGAAGACGAGGACGAGGACGAGGACGAGGACGAGGACGAUAAACAAGGUGACAAACAAGGACGUGUACGAAAACGGUGGUGGCAAAUACAAGAAAGACUACCACCACCACUACCACCACCACCACCACCACCACCACUAUCACUACGACGAAGACGACGACGACGAAGACGACGACGAAGACGACGAAGACGAGGACUACGUGGGCAUCCUUAAUGUCAGACGCGAGUCUGCUCUCGAGCUCAGUUUUGUUUACCGUGUCCUCGCGUAAACACCAACAGAGAGCCGAAGCUAGAGAGGGCUCGAGAAGUGAUGAAGUCCCCUUUCCUACCGGUAAUCGUCGCCACCCUGUUACUGAUCCUCAUCGAGGCACCCGAUCCUGGUGACGGUAUUUCUCACAAUACAGUAAAAACAUGGGCGGAAAAGCUGGGCUUCGAGUUAUCGCAAUUGGGAAAAUACGUGACGAAUGUGGAAAAGUUUCAUGAAAGUUACAAACACGCUCAGGUGGUGAAAAAUGCAGGAGGAGAUUUGGCUGGUGAAAUUGCCGACGAUAUUAAAGCAAUGAUGGAAUCGAAAAUUUCUGCGAUAAGGAGAAUCAUGGAUGUUGCCGAGACGUCAGCCUUAUCAGCACCUGAUGCCGAUCCACCUGAAUCAUUCGAAUUUGUUAACGCGAAAAACACUACGAUAGAUUUAGAAUUGAGUGAUCAUUUUGGUGGACAAGUUAAUUUAAAUAUGUCCGCGGUUCACGUGCCAACAAACGUAUACGAGCGUGCAUCGGAAGUUUUAAGGGCAAUUAAGUGGUCCGAGGAAUUGGACAAGACAUUUAUUAAUAAUUACGAACAAGAUCCAUCAUUGUCCUGGCAAUAUUUUGGAAGUUCUACGGGUUUUAUGAGACAGUAUCCUGCAAUGAGCUGGUAUAUGGAACCGGUAGAUCUAUUCGAUUGCAGAACCAGAAGUUGGUAUAUCGAAGCAGCUACCAGUCCGAAGGACAUUCUCAUACUAAUGGAUACAUCCGGUAGUAUGACAGGAAUGCGUCGUGAAAUUGCACGACACGUCGUUAAUAAUAUCUUGGACACCCUUGGAAAUAAUGAUUUUGUCAAUAUCAUCACGUUCUCCAAUAUUACGAAAGAGGUGGUACCUUGUUUCAAUGAUACAUUGGUCCAAGCAAAUCUAGCAAAUGUGAGAGAACUCAAGAGAGCCAUUUCAAAUUUGGAAACGGUUAACAUCGCUAAUUUUUCUUUAGCAUUAACUACGGCAUUUGAUUUACUUCAAUCAUAUCGAACCGAAAGAGAAGGUGCCAGAUGUAAUCAAGCAAUCAUGUUGAUAACCGAUGGUGUACCUUUCAAUUAUAAAGAAAUUUUUGAAGAAUAUAAUUGGAAGGAUAAUCCUGACGAACCUUUGAAAGCUGAUAUGCCGGUUAGAAUGUUCACUUAUUUGAUUGGUCGAGAAGUUGCAGAUGUUCGUGAAGUGCAAUGGAUGGCAUGCGCUAAUCGUGGAUACUACGUUCAUCUUUGUACUUUGGCAGAAGUCAGAGAAGAGGUCCUCAAAUACAUUCCGGUGAUGGCGAGACCUUUGGUUUUAGGUCGUACGGAUCAUCCAACUAUUUGGACACCUGUUUAUGCGGACAUCACCGAUCCCAAAAUGACCGACUGGUUAUGGGAACAACGUGAAAGUGAAGAACAAAGGGAACGAUUUCUACAAUUCCAUAGAAAUAGGAAACCAUUCAACAUGGAGGAACAUGAUCGAAGAUUCGUUAAGAAACAGAAAAAAUUGUACGAGCAAAGUGAAGAUUAUCAGGAAUACAGAUUGAUGACUUCUGUUAGCAUGCCAGUAUUCGACAGACGUGAAAAUGCGAACAUCACAAGGCAGGUGCUGGUGAACGAAGCUUACUGGGUGACUGAGACAAGAGAGACACGAAUCGCCGAUCUUCUCGGUGUUGCUGGCACGGACGUACCAAUCGAGGAAAUAGAAAAAUUAAUGAUGCCACACGUGUUGGGUGUUAAUGGAUAUGCUUUCAUCGUAACCAAUAAUGGCUACAUCCUAAUUCAUCCUGACCUUCGACCAGUGUUCCAGGGUAUAUUAAAACCGGCAUACAACAGUGUCGAUAUGACCGAGGUUGAACUCUUGGAUCAAGACAAAGGACCAAGAGAAUUUGAUGAAGGAAUCAUUAUGUUCCGUAAUGAUGUGAUCAAUCAAGUUAACGGUAGUGUGACGUUUCAUACGAAGUAUCAUUACGAUGACAUGAAACGCGUUGGCCGAGUUCAACGUACGUACAAUUAUGUCGGAAUUUCAAACACCCCAUUCACGGUGGUUGUGAGUCUUCCAAUACACGAUUAUUCUGAAAACUAUCGUGUAUAUGCCACCGAAGAUAUACACAGAGCUCGUGUGAAGGGAAAAGACGUGACAGAUUACUUCGCGGGUAACAACUGGCUGGUACAUCCUGAUUGGUUGUAUUGCAAAUAUCAUUAUAAAGAUGAACACAAGUUCAAUACAUCAGAAAUGCAAUUGUUACAUUUUCUUGAACGUACUCGUCAGCCAGGUUGGAAGUGGAUCGACAUGAAACGAUCCCAACCGCCAGAGUUUGCCACGAGUUCCGGUCAUGGUUCUCAUCGUAAAUCUUAUCCCAAUCCUAACAAAACAGACAAAAAUUCCUAUUACUGUGAUAGAAGUCUUCUUUUGAGUCUGGUGUUUGAUGCUAAGGUAACCGAAUGGUUUGCGAAUCCCAGUACCACUCGCGAAGAAACAGGACCUUUAGCUAGGCUGAUGAAUCUGCUAACCAGGAAAGAAUUUCAACAACGUUUUGGUGUGACGCUUGCUUUUAUGGCUACUCACAAUGGCUUGACAAGAUGGCAAGAUUUUCUUUUGGAUGAAGAAGAUCCUAUACCUGACGAUCACUUUAGCAAAAUGUAUUCUAGAGCAAUAGAUGAGGUCUGGUACAAACGUGCUGUUGAACAACAUUAUGUUCAACCAGAAAGUUUCGUUUUUUCUGUACCAAUCGAUGACGAGGGAGCAGACAACACUACUUUGGUCACUGCCAGUCGUGCCAUAUUUAUCGGUAAUGGAAAAAUGAAAGCACCGGCAGCCGUUGUAGGAUUUCAAUUUCAACAUACAGCAUUGCAAGGUCUCUUUCAAAAUAUAACGUUCAAUUGCGAAGGACUUGGUAAUUGUCAAAAACAUUGUGGGGAUGAUACAUUGGCAUGUUAUUUGAUUGACAACAACGGAUAUAUAAUAGCUGCUGAAAGCGAGUACGAUGCUGGAAGAUUUUUCGGUGAAGUUAGAGGUCCUAUAAUGGCUGGACUUGUUAAGGAAGGUAUUUUUGAAAGAAUCCGAAUGUACGAUUAUCAAGCAGUUUGUUUCAAAAGUAAAUCUACUAAAAACGACGCCAGUAUUUUACUCACGCCUUGGACAAGCUUGAAGAAAGCUAUUACUUGGAUAGUUGGUCAAAUGACUUGGGCCUGGGUAAAAUCAGGAAUUUGGAAUUCCGAUUAUGCAUACGGUUAUGCUGAUCCUAACGAAAGUGACAGCAUGCAUGAGGAUUAUCAAGAGAAUGACAAAACACCGAUAGAUUCAAAAGAUGAGAAAUUGUUUAAUAUGAACGUUUUAAUCAAUAGGACACGUCCAGAAGCAUGCGAUCAAGAGGUGUACUUAUAUUUACGAAAUUCGUCCGUAAAAAAUCAUUACUUUGAAGUUGAUAUGGAAGAUGAUUGUACAAGACCCUACGUUGUACAACCGGUUAAUUUCAGCAAUAUGUUAUUAAUCGUAAUAAACACAGGCAUUUGUAGCGAAACAACUUCACCACCGUUAACCGUGAUACCUGAGGAAGUGAUUUAUGAAAAUAAUUCAUUGGUUUGUCAAAAGGCGUGGACAUUUUUGAAAAGAAAAAGGCCAGAAUCCUGUAUAAGGACUCAUCCAAGAGAAAGUGAAAUAAAGGAUCUCUGUGGAUUGGCAAGUUUGACAGGGCCAAACAAUUUUGUUAUAUUUUUGUUGCUAACGUGUAUACUGAUUAGGCAAAUUGUCUUUCGGUGCAAUUAAAUCUUGCUUUUUGGAUAAACGAAUAUAGAUAAAUUAAUAAUAUUAUUUCAUUGCUAGAUGAUAUCAUUUCAUUGAUAUCGAUCAUAUACGAUGAUGUCCUUCUUAAUAAGCAAAGAAGUGUCAAACCAGUGAUUAAUCUAAUGUCAAAAAUCUCUAGAAUCUAGUGAAAAAAACAAAAAAAAAAUGCAUCGACUUAUAUCUCGAUGAAAACGCUUAUGCUAGAAGCGACCCUAAGUUUCUACCUCUCUUUUCACACCCUGCUGAUUUGCAGCACGGCUUGAGAAAAUAAUAAUGGCUGAUAUAUAAUAACAAAUAAUAAUAAUAAUAA